AUGUCAAACUCCGCGCAACAUUACCAAUUUGAAGUUGUUAUGACCUGCUCUGGCUGUUCCAAUGCAGUUCAAAAGGCCCUCAGUAGAUUAGAACCAGAUGUUUCUAACAUUAAUAUCUCAUUAGAGAAGCAAACUGUAGAUAUCGAUUCGGUUCUUCCAUAUGAUGUGGUGCUCGAGAAGAUCAAGAAGACGGGUAAAGAAGUUAAAUCAGGAAAAACCAUAUAA